AUGGAUGCACAGGAAGCACAAGCGUUGCGUACCUUUGGUCCACCGAGCGAGUGUCACCAGUCGCCGCUGGAUGCACCUGGGACCGGCACUCUCACCAGUGGGCGAAGGGUACGCACCCUUGGGGAUAGGGGUGCCUCACGCAAGCGGAGGCGUUUAUCGCGCUCAUCCUCCAGCUCAUCAACGGCAUCGUCCGUGGCCAAGGUCAGCCGGCUCAGCAGCGACCGGGACACGUACGACGUGGAUGCCGGAUACGAGAAUGACGCCGACGACGAUGACGACGAUGAGGACGACGAGGACGAGCAGGACGAGGGGGAAGAGGAAACGGUCGGGGGCGGGCUGCUGGAGGACGAGAACGGGACGGGCGAGGAUGAGGACGAAGGCCACACAAAAUCAGGCCGGCACGUACUCACCACGGACAGGGAUGCGCUGCACCGUAACCUUGCCCGCGCUAGUGUGCGUGCGUUGGCGUCUGGCGCUGCUGGUGGUGGUAGUUGCGGUGAGAAAAAUGGCGAAAAAUCCACACCAUUCGGAACAGCUGAUUUGAAUGCGCCAUGCCAGCUGCACCAACACCAGCAACAUCCGGCCAGCACCAACUACCAACACUAUCAGCAGCAGCAGCAGCUACGUCACAACAAGCGGCCAAAAUACGACUACACACGUGAUCAGAUGUUUGAAAUUUUUCAACCGUGGGUCAUACGGACGUACGGUGAUCGGGCCAAAACCAAGACGAUUACGCUGAAGAAGCAGGCACGCAUUAUAAAGACGCUAGGUGGUCUGGAGAUGAACAAUCCGGACAGUUCCAAGUUUCGAUUCUGGGUGAAAACGAAAGGAUUCACUACAUCGAAACCGGGGAACUUUCAGGAUAUAUUCACCCAUCAGAACAUACCCGAAAACGAUGGUUGCGUGCUUUACGCUCCGAGCGGUGGCUUGGAACCGGGUCAACCAUACAAGAAGGUGGCUGUGGUGGAGAACUUUUUUGACAUUAUUUAUGGUGUUCAUGUUUCGCUGGGUAGUCGCGCUACGAGACAUGCGGGGCAGAAGCGGACCUACCGAACGAUCACCGAAACGUAUGCCUUCUUGCCGAGGGAAGCCGUCACUAAGUUCCUUUCGCUGUGCAGCCAAUGUUCGAAGCUUACCACCAAGGUGUACUCACCAAAAUCGGAUCUCAAAAUAACGGCACGAGUAGCUGAUGUCGUCCCAUUGAACCGUUCGCCAGGUGAACGGUUUUCCUGGUCGUGUGAAGGUGCGGAAUCGAAGUGUAAUAAGACCACGGACCGUACCCAAUCUUCCCUCCGGUAUUAUGAGCUGCUAAGGAAUUUGUAUGAAAAUGGAAAAUCCAGCGGAUUGCGCAGUGCGGGGGAACUGCCAGCAAGCGGGAAACGUGCGAACCUUACCUCCAACGGUGCGAGCGCAAACUCAGCGCCAUGUAGUGGGCGAAUGGCGCGACCCGGCAGUGUCGCAAGUGAAGUGUUGACGAGUGAUUGUCGAGUGGCAGCAGGUGAUGGUAAUGAGUUGCGUACAGUGUGUGCAAGUGAGCGCGGUAGCUCCCGGGAGCGUCUUCCCGUAGUCGUAGGAUUAAAUAAUAACCGCAGUGAAAAAGGUGACGAUGAGAAGAGGCGUACGGUACCCAUCACUUCGACGUAUCUGGAUGUGACUAGAGGCUUCGGGCUGGAGGAUGACGAUGCGUUGAAUAUGGAUUCCAUAUCCAUGCCGUUCAAUACAGAGACAACGGAAAAUAAUGGGAGUACGGCCAACACACCCGGCGAGGAUGCGUAUGCGGGUUUGAUCAAAGAUGCGGACAAGUUCAAGCUGAUGCUACUAGCGUGGAACUAUCAGAACUCGGCGGCAGGUAAAUCACAAAAUGGAGCGGAAGGACCGGACCUGGCGACGAUGACGAACCUGUGGCAGCAGUACCAGAACGCGCUGGCGAUGACGGGCAAGACGAACUUCAACCAACUGCCGGUAAGUGAGCGACAAUCGUCCCCAAUAGAACAGCAGCAGGACGAAACCAACUCGUCCGAACAGAAGGACGAGGACGAUCUGUCCGAGGACGACUCGGAGGAUCGCCUCGAGGCGACGGUAAACGAUCCGGAACGGCUGAAAGCGUUCAACAUGUUCGUCCGGUUGUUUGUGGAUGAGAAUCUUGACCGCAUCAUCCCGAUCUCGAAGCAGCCGAAGGAGAAGAUACAGGCGAUCAUCGAUUCGUGUACGCGCCAGUUUCCGGAGUUUGCCGAACGCGCCCGGAAGCGCAUCCGGACGUACCUGAAGUCCUGCCGGCGGAACAAGAAGACGCGCGAGGGCUGGGAGAACACGUCCCGCCCGACGCCGGCACACCUAACGUCGGUACAGGCGGAACAGAUACUGGCCGUGGCGUGCGAAAACGAGAGUCUCAAUGCGAAGCGCAUGCGCAUCGGGCUGGAGCCGAUCAGCCAGACGGUCAGUCAACCGGCGGCGGUAAGUUUUAUGACGUCGGCCGAAUCACCGACGGCAGUGCCGAACAUGUACCAGAACCUUACCAACCGCGAACAGGAGUCCACGUCCGUGUCGACGAUCAAAAGUGAACCGAUGACGAGCGUGCCGAAGAUAUCGCCCGUACCCAGCACACCGACACCGGAUAUGAAUCAGAUGAAGCUUAACAUACCUAGUGCCAGUGCCAGCUCGACGCCCACCAUCCCAACGACCGUACCUACCAUUUCCAACUUCCACGACUACAACACCGGCUUCUCGAACCGCUCCCAGCACUACCAGAACUUUAUGAACUCGGUCAACAGCAGUAGCACGAGCAGCGGUGCCACGACCAACACGACCAUGUCCGCUGCCGGCACCGCAGCUCCUACCGAUCUGUCGAUGAAGCGACCGAUACUGGCCCACAAGCUGAACAGUGCGGAAAUCACAGCCGUCAAGCAGCUCGUCACCGGCUACCGGGAAUCGGCCGCCUUCCUGAUGCGAAGUGCCGACGAGCUGGAGAACUUACUGCUUCAGCAGCAGUAA